UCAGGAAAGAUGCGAAAGAUGCGGAGGCAACUCUGGAUUGUGGGGAGUUCACCGGGUGAGCCCCGCCCGGAUGCUGGGCCCGGCCCGGGCUCCCGUCGCCGCCUCCUCCUCCUCUGCUAGGCCCAAGCGAGGGACCCGGACCAGGCCCUUGUCCACACGCGCCAACCUCUCGGGUCUGUUUACAGUUCGCAAGGGCCUUAGCUGCACUCUGGCACUGCCAUCCCCUCUUCCAGGACUCUCAAUGGCAGGAUACCAGCUCUGGUCACCGUGGACUGCACUGGAUGAGAGCUUCCAAUGGCUGCGGCACUCCACACCAAACCCUUCCUCCAAGCACCCCUUUAGGGCCUCCCCCUGCUUCCUGCACACUCCCUCUGACCUGGAAGUUCAGCUGUGUUUCCAAGAAGUCACCCUAGUCCUCGACGGCCCCUUCCUGGACAGUAGAGCGAGUCCCAAGCUACCCUUUCACACGUCGGAGCUCCGAACCUCAGUUCACAAGGGAGGACUGGUCAGGAAGCCACAGCCCAUCCGCCUCAGCGGAGUGGACUCCGUCUUUGGCAGGGUCAUCACAGCUCAGCCCCCAAAGUGGACUGGGACCUUCAGGGUUUCCGAGAAGUCGGCCUUCUGCAAAGUCAUCAGCCGGGAGCACCAGUGGCCCACCGGACUCAAGGAGCCCCAGAUCCAAAUGACCAUGACCAUGUGCAAGCAGAUGCUGCGCUCCAUCCUCCUGCUGUAUGCAACCUACAAGAAAUGCACCUUCGCCCUGCAGCACUCCAGGUAGGACCCACCGCACUCCACACCUCAGCCUGCUCUAAGAAUGAGCCUCCUGCGCAAACCGGGUGAUGCUGCUCUUGCUGCUUCACCACUGUCCAGGGCUGACGACAGAGGAGCCCCUUCCAGAAAGGCUAAGACGGAGGGAGGGAAAAUACUUCACUGUAGAGCUGGGCAACUACUGACAAGAGUCAAACCAGCACUGACUUGUACAUGGGAUGAA